AUCGAGUUAAGGCACAACAUCACGUUCAGCCAGCUACCAAGCCAAACUCCCAGUUUUUCCAAUUUUCCGCUUCUUUAAGAUUGGCAAAUCAAUAGAGAUCACUGCAAUAAUCCCACUUCUCAGAUAAUGACCGUUCCCAUGGAGCAGAAACGCCCUGUUGUCUGUGUCUUCUGCGGCUCUAAGCCCGGAGCAAACCCAGCAUAUCUCGCAGCCGCACGCGCUCUUGCCCAUGUCUUUCAUAAAGAAAACAUAACUUUGGUAUAUGGCGGCGGGACGGCCGGUAUCAUGGGCGAAUUAGCUCGGACGCUGGUAUCCCUCUCCGGUCCGGAAUCAGUUCAAGGAGUAAUUCCAUCAGCACUGGUUGGAGUCGAGAACGGGUACAAAGCCGAUUCGGCAGCUCGUUCGCAACGCGACGGAAGUUCGGAAGCUAUCGGCAAGGCACCUGAGCGCAUUGUUCCUCAGUCUUCUUCCCUAGAGAAAAUCAACUCUGAAUACGGCGUCACUACCAUUGUUCCGGACAUGCAUACGCGUAAACAAGAGAUGGCCAAGAGAGUGAUUGCUGGAGGACCUGGGUCGGGAUUUGUCGUGCUCCCGGGUGGGUUUGGGACUUUGGAAGAGGCUAUGGAGAUGAUUACAUGGAAUCAAUUGGGCAUUCAUCACCGGGGCAUUGUCCUGCUGAAUAUAGACGGAUAUUGGGAUGGAAUCAUGAGUUGGAUUAGCAAGUCUGUGCAGGCUGAAUUUGUGAGUGAGGCGAACAGUAAGAUCAUAGUGGAAUGCAAGGAUGCGGAGCAUGUCUUGGAUGCGCUGAUGAAAUAUAAACUUAGUGAAGGGCGGUACCGGCUGGAGUGGGAGGGAACAAGGGAAGACUGUAAACCAUAGUGAUGUGGUAAUGAGCUAUGGGUUUUUAUGGUGACAAUAAUACUCGAUACAAUGAGAAUUGGAAGUGAUUCAUUGU